AUGUCCGGAUUCCGAAAGACUCUGACGAGUCUGAUGAGUCUGACGCAACUCACAGUACUGUGGGUGCUCGGCCUUCGCAAGCUUAGAUUCGAAUUCGACCGCACACGGAACGACUGCCAGGGCAGGGGAACGAUAGGCCGGGCGCAGCCUUCAAAGAACUAUGAACACUCCGCAACCGAUAAUAAAGUCGAAAUCCGAACAGACACGAUAGUGGUUCAGGCG